GGUCAUCGAAUCCUCGUAGUAUUCGAUUCUAGCAAUCGCUGUUGGCGUUUCAAGAGAGAGAGCAAUAGCGGGCGGAGUUAUCGGCGAUCGUAGUUAAUGGUGCAUAUGUGCAUGCAGCUGCCAAUUAAUGUGAGUGCUUAAUCCGCGUUUGGAGCUCCGGAAAUCGGGGUUGAAUGAAAAUACAAGCCGAUGAAAGUGAUCGCCUCCGAAGUUAACGAGCAACCAGCGAAAACAUCGAUUAUUAGUUAGUUCCAGUCAAGUUGUGGGAUCCACUCUAAAUUAUAAAGGAUAUUAUGUGAAAUAAGAGCAGUAUAUGUUUACUAUGAAGAUUAAAAAAUAUGUAACUCCUGUAAAAAGAAAAGCUUUCACCAUAUUCCAAUGGAUUUCACUGCUGUGUAGUCUAUGGUUGAUCCCCACUGUACAAAGCAAGGCCGAUGAGAAGCACACAGCGACCCUCGAGUAUAGACUAGAAAACCAACUGCAAGAUCUGUAUAGGUUUAGCCAUAGUGUAUAUAAUGUUACCAUACCAGAAAAUAGUCUGGGCAAGACUUACGCUAAGGGAGUAUUGCAUGAAAGACUGGCCGGCCUGAGAGUUGGCUUGAACGCAGAAGUUAAGUAUAGGAUAAUUAGUGGCGAUAAGGAAAAGCUGUUUAAGGCCGAGGAGAAACUGGUCGGGGAUUUUGCCUUCUUAGCAAUUCGAACGCGGACAAAUAACGUUGUGCUAAACAGAGAAAAAACUGAGGAAUACGUAAUAAGAGUGAAAGCACAUGUACAUUUGCACGACAGAAAUAUAUCAAGCUAUGAAACGGAGGCAAAUAUCCACAUCAAAGUACUGGAUCGCAAUGACCUGAGUCCGCUGUUUUACCCAACCCAGUACACCGUAGUUAUUCCGGAAGACACACCCAAAUAUCAAAGUAUUUUAAAGGUCACAGCAGACGAUGCUGACCUCGGCAUCAAUGGGGAAAUCUACUACAGCCUCCUGAUAGAUAGUGAAUACUUCGCUAUCCAUCCAACCACUGGCGAAAUCACUCUCCUGCAGCAACUUCAAUAUGCGGAGAACUCGCACUUCGAGCUCACGGUGGUGGCCUACGAUCGGGGAUCUUGGGUGAAUCAACAGAACCAUCAGGCCAGCAAGGCAAAGGUCAGUAUUUCGGUGAAACAGGUUAACUUCUACGCUCCAGAGAUUUUUACGAAAACCUUCUCGAGCGUGACACCAACAUCAAAUCCUUUGAUUUAUGGAAUUGUUCGAGUAAACGACAAGGACACUGGGAUAAAUGGCAACAUAGGGCGAUUGGAAAUCGUUGAUGGAAAUCCGGAUGGCACGUUUCUUCUGAAGGCUGCGGAGACCAAAGACGAGUAUUACAUCGAAUUAAAUCAGUUUGCGCACUUAAGCCAGCAACAUUUCAUUUACAACUUAACCCUGCGGGCUGAGGACCUAGGAACUCCCCGUAGAUUCGCCUAUAAAUCCGUUCCGAUUCAAAUCAAGCCCGAAAGCAAAAAUAUACCCAUAUUCACGCAGGAGAUUUACGAAGUAUCGAUUCCAGAAACGGCCCCCAUUAACAUGCCGGUGAUAAGGCUAAAAGUGAGCGAUCCCGACUUGGGUAAAAAUGCAUUGGUCUACUUGGAAAUCGUGGGUGGAAAUGAGGGCGACGAGUUCCGAAUCAAUCCCGAUUCCGGAAUGUUGUACACAGCGAAGCAGCUGGAUGCCGAAAAGAAGUCAAGUUACACCUUAACCGUGUCCGCUAUUGAUCAGGCAAAUGUUGGGUCUAGAAAACAAUCCUCAGCAAAGGUGAAAAUCAGCGUACAGGAUAUGAACGACAAUGAUCCCAUUUUUGAGAAUGUCAAUAAGGUGAUUAGUAUCAAUGAAAACAACUUGGCUGGCUCGUUUGUUGUAAAACUAACUGCCAAAGACAGAGAUUCUGGUGAAAAUUCAUACAUAUCGUAUAGUAUUGCCAAUCUAAAUGCGGUUCCAUUUGAAAUCGAUCAUUUCAGCGGUAUAGUUAAGACCACAUCUCUUCUUGACUUUGAAACAAUGAAGCGAAACUAUGAGCUGAUAAUCCGUGCAUCAGAUUGGGGAUUGCCGUACAGAAGGCAGACGGAAAUCAAACUGUCUAUCGUCGUCAAGGAUAUAAACGAUAAUCGACCGCAGUUUGAACGAGUGAACUGCUAUGGCAAAGUGACCAAAUCGGCCCCGAUGGGCACCGAAGUUUUCGUUACCUCAGCCAUUGACUACGAUGCUGGCGAUAUUAUAUCCUAUCGGUUGAGCGAUGGCAACGAGGAUGGCUGCUUUAACUUGGACCCCACAUCAGGCUCUCUGUCUGUUUCCUGCGAUCUGAAGAAAACAUCCUUAACAAAUCGUAUUCUCAAAGUUUCCGCCACGGAUGGCACCCACUUUUCCGAUGACUUGAUCAUCAAUGUACAUCUAAUGCCAGAAGAUUUGGGUGGAGAUUCCAGUAUUCUACAUGGCUAUGGGUCCUUUGAGUGUCGUGAAACUGGAGUGGCCAGAAGAUUAGCGGAAACAUUGUCUUUGUCCGAAAAAAACAAUGUAAAAAGUGUGUCGCCAUCCGUAUUCAGUGACUUAUCUCUAACACCCAGUCGAUACGGCCAAAAUGUGCAUAGACCAGAGUUUGUGAACUUCCCUCAGGAGUUGUCCAUCAACGAAAGUGUCCAAUUGGGUGAAACUGUUGCUUGGAUAGAGGCCAAAGAUCGCGAUUUGGGCUACAAUGGAAAGUUGGUAUUUGCAAUUUUAGACGGUGAUUACGAUUCGGUUUUUCGCAUUGAUCCAGACCGCGGUGAACUGCAGAUCAUUGGAUAUUUGGAUAGAGAGCGUCAAAAUGAAUAUGUCCUCAACAUUACCGUCUACGAUCUGGGUAAUCCGACCAAAUCGACAUCAAAAAUGUUGCCAAUAACGAUCCUCGACGUGAACGAUAAUCGUCCGGUUAUUCAAAAGACAUUGGCUACCUUCCGGCUGACUGAAAGUGCCAGGAUAGGAACUGUGGUACACUGCCUUCAUGCCACGGAUGCGGAUUCCGGAAUCAAUGCUCAGGUGACAUAUGCCCUAUCGGUUGAGUGCAGCGAUUUUACGGUCAAUGCUACUACGGGAUGCAUUCGUUUAAACAAACAACUGGAUCGCGAGAAACAGGAUAAUUACGCUCUUCACAUAACUGCCAAGGAUGGUGGCAAUCCCGUGCUCUCUUCGGAGGCUCUAGUAUACGUCCUGGUCGACGAUGUCAAUGACAACGCUCCGGUUUUCGGAGUGCAAGAGUACAUAUUUAAGGUGCGCGAAGAUCUGCCCCGCGGAACAGUGUUGGCCGUAAUCGAAGCGGUGGACGAAGACAUUGGACCAAAUGCUGAGAUUCAAUUCUCUCUCAAAGAGGAGACCCAGGAUAAGGAACUAUUUAGAAUCGAUAAGCACACUGGUGCAAUAAGGACUCAAGGAUAUCUGGACUAUGAGAACAAACAAGUGCACAACCUUAUUGUCAGUGCCAUCGAUGGCGGAGAUCCCUCUUUAACUUCGGACAUGUCCAUUGUAAUAAUGAUCAUUGACGUCAACGAGAACCGAUUUGCUCCCGAAUUCGACGACUUUGUGUACGAAGGAAAGAUAAAGGAGAACAAGCCGAAGGGAACGUUUGUAAUGAAUGUCUCUGCACGGGAUAUGGACACGGUGGACCUGAAUUCAAAAAUCACGUACUCCAUCACAGGUGGCGAUGGGCUUGGAAUUUUUGCGGUCAACGACCAAGGUUCAAUAACUUCCUUAUCCCAACUCGAUGCGGAGACGAAAAACUUUUACUGGUUGACGCUCUGUGCACAGGAUUGCGCAAUAGUUCCCCUCAGCAAUUGUGUGGAGGUUUACAUACAACUCGAAAACGAAAACGAUAACAUUCCUCUUACGGACAAACCAGUGUACUACGUUAAUGUUACGGAAGCAAGUUUGGAAAAUGUGGAGAUCAUUACCCUAAAGGCAUUCGAUCCUGAUAUAGAUCCCAAUCAGACACUUACAUAUAAUAUAGUUUCUGGAAAUCUGGUCGGGUACUUUGAAAUUGAUUCGAAAACAGGAGUGAUUAAAACGACAGAACGCAAAUUGGAUAGAGAAAAUCAAGCGGAACAUAUUUUGGAGGUGGCAAUAUCUGAUAACGGAUCUCCAGUACUAUCCUCUACAUCGCGAAUUGUUGUGUCAGUACUCGAUAUUAACGAUAAUAGCCCAGAGUUUGACCAAAGGGUUUACAAGGUGCAAGUUCCGUCCUCAGCCACUGUCAAUCAAUCUAUUUUUCAGGUCCAUGCUAUCGACAGCGACAGUGGGGAAAAUGGUCGAAUUACCUACUCAAUUAAGUCCGGAAAGGGUAAAAACAAAUUUCGCAUCGAUAGCCAAAGGGGCCACAUACAUAUAGCAAAACCAUUGGACUCCGAUAAUGAGUUUGAAAUUCACAUCAAGGCUGAGGACAGCGGAAUUCCUAAGAAGAGUCAAACUGCUAGAGUUAAUAUUGUUGUAGUUCCUGUUAAUCCUGAUUCCCAAAAUGCACCGUUGAUAGUCAGAAAGACAUCAGAAAAUGUCGUGGAUCUAACAGAGAAUGACAAGCCAGGAUUUUUGGUCACUCAAAUUUUGGCUGUCGAUGAUGACAACGACCAGCUGUGGUACAACAUUUCCAAUGGCAAUGAAGACAAUACCUUUUACAUUGGCCAAGAUAACGGAAACAUUUUACUCUCAAAAUAUUUGGACUACGAGACCAAACAGUUCUAUAAUCUGACUAUUAGCGUAACUGAUGGCACAUUCACAACGCUUACUAAUCUUUUGGUUCAAGUGAUCGAUAUUAAUGACAACCCUCCUCAGUUCGCUAAAGAUGUGUAUCAUGUCAAUAUAUCAGAAAAUAUUGAGGAGGAAUCAGUUAUCAUGCAACUUCACGCCACUGACAGAGAUGAGGACAAAAAGCUAUUCUAUCAUCUACACGCAACUCAGGAUCCGUCGUCCCUGGCAUUGUUUCGAAUCGAUUCCAUAAGUGGAAAUGUUAUUGUCACUCAGAGAUUGGAUUUUGAAAAGACUGCACAGCACAUACUCAUCGUUUUUGUUAAAGAUCAGGGAGCGCCUGGGAAAAGAAACUAUGCCAAGAUCAUUGUAAACGUGCAUGACCACAAUGACCAUCAUCCGGAAUUUACUGCUAAAAUAAUUCAAAGUAAGGUUCCCGAAAGCGCAGCCAUUGGCUCUAAGUUAGCUGAAGUGAGGGCCAUAGAUCGAGAUAGUGGUCACAAUGCCGAGAUCCAGUACUCAAUUAUCACGGGUAACGUGGGUAGUGUGUUUGAGAUAGACCCGACUUUUGGUGUAAUCACAUUGGCUGGCAACUUAAACAUUAAUAAGAUUCAAGAGUACAUGCUUCAAGUGAAGGCCGUAGAUCUGGGUAACCCACCUUUGUCAUCGCAGAUACCUGUGCACAUCAUUGUCACCAUGUCCGAGAACGAUCCUCCGAAGUUCUCAACCAACACCAUUGCAAUAGAAAUAUUCGAAAACCUACCCAUCGGAACAUUUGUUACUCAAGUCACCGCUCGGUCUUCGUCAUCCAUAUUCUUCAAUAUUAUUUCCGGCAACAUCCACGAAAGCUUCCGCAUUAACCCCUCCACUGGAGUUAUUGUUAUCAAUGGAAAUAUCGACUAUGAAUCCAUCAAGGUAUUCAACCUUACGGUUAAAGGAACCAAUAUGGCAGCCGAGUCAUCCUGCCAAAAUAUAAUUAUACAUAUCCUAGAUGCUAACGAUAAUAUUCCGUAUUUCGUUCAAAAUGAAUAUGUUGGAGCAUUAUCUGAAUCGGCCUCAAUUGGAUCUUACGUACUGAAAGUAUACGACUCAUCAAAAGAUCAUUUAACAUUACAAGUCAAGGAUGCGGAUGUCGGGGUAAACGGAAUGGUUGAAUACCACAUAAUUGACGAUCUGGCAAAACAGUUUUUUAAGAUAGAUUCGACAACUGGCGCUAUUGAGCUGUUACGACAAUUGGACUAUGAAACCAACGCUGGUUAUACUUUUGACGUUACGGUUAGUGAUAUGGGAAAGCCCAAACUACAUUCCACUACAACAGCCCAUGUGACGAUUCGUGUCAUAAAUGUUAACGAUUGUCCUCCAGUAUUUAAUGAGCGUGAGCUCAAUGUAACUUUGUUCCUUCCAACUUUUGAGAAUGUGUUUGUUAGACAAGUUAGCGCAAAGGAUGCUGAUAACGAUACUUUAAGGUUUGACAUUGUGGAUGGAAACACCAAUGAAUGUUUCCAGAUCGAAAAAUACACCGGAAUAAUUACAACCAGAAAUUUCGAAAUACUAAACGAAAAUGAUCGGGACUAUACAUUGCACGUCCGUGCCUCCGACGGAAUAUUUUCUGCAAUUUUAAUAGUUAAAAUAAUGGUUUUAUCAGCCAUCGACUUAAAUUUUGCAUUCCAACGCGAAUCAUACCGAUUUUCUGCAUUUGAAAAUAACACAAAGAUAGCCACCAUUGGAUUGGUGAAUGUGGUUGGAAACUCUCUGAACGAAAACGUUGAGUACCGCAUUCUGAACCCAACGCAAUUGUUUGAUAUUGGAAUCAGUUCGGGAGCCCUAAAAACCACUGGAGUUAUUUUCGAUCGCGAAGUAAAGGAUUUGUACAGACUCUUCGUGGAGGCAAAGUCCGUGUUGUACGACGGCAUGAAUUCGAAUGUUCGCAGAGCAGUAACCUCCAUAUAUAUAUCCGUCUUGGAUGUGAACGAUAACUGUCCCUUGUUUGUCAAUAUGCCCUAUUAUGCCACGGUUUCAAUUGACGAUCCAAAAGGAACGAUUAUAAUGCAGGUUAAGGCCGUUGACUUGGAUAGUGCAGAAAAUGGCGAGGUUCGGUACGAACUUAAGAAAGGAAAUGGGGAGUUGUUCAAACUGGACCGCAAAACUGGAGAGUUAUCCAUAAAGCAGCACGUCGAAGGUCAUAACCGAAAUUAUGAAUUGACAGUUGCUGCCUAUGAUGGCGCCAUAACACCUUGCUCGUCUGAAGCUCCCUUGCAGGUUAAGGUUAUAGAUCGUUCGAUGCCCGUUUUUGAAAAACAGUUUUAUACUGUUAGCGUCAAGGAAGACGUGGAAAUGUACUCAGCCCUUUCCGUAUCCAUUGAAGCUGAAAGUCCCUUGGGAAGGAGUUUAAUUUACACAAUAUCUUCCGAUAGUCAAUCGUUUGAAAUUGAUUACAACACAGGUAAAUUCAUCCAGCUAUCUUUAUUAUUUGAAAAUUUUCUAAGCUUUUAUUCAAAUUCAGGCUCAAUUUUUGUCGUCAAUGAAUUGGAUUACGAGAAAAUAAGUUCACACGAUGUUUCUAUUCGAGCGACAGAUAGUCUUUCUGGUGUUUAUGCUGAAGUCGUUUUAUCUGUUUCCAUUAUGGAUGUCAAUGACUGCUAUCCAGAAAUCGAGAGUGAUAUAUACAACAUAACCAUUCCGGAAAAUUCUUCGUUUGGAACACAAAUUUUAAAGAUUAAUGCAACUGAUAAAGACUCCGGAGCAAAUGCAAAACUUUCCUAUUAUAUUGAGUCCAUCAAUGGGCAAAACAAUUCAGAACUGUUUUACAUUGACGUCACAGACGGAAAUCUGUAUUUAAAGACUCCAUUGGACUAUGAACAAGUCAAAUAUCAUCAUGUUGUAGUUAACGUAAAGGACCAUGGAUCGCCAUCAUUAAGUUCCCGAUCAAAUGUAUUUAUAACAGUAAAAGAUUUGAACGAUAAUGCUCCAUGUUUUGUAGAGCCGUCGUACUUCACCAAACUGUCUGUCGCAGCUGUUCGUGGACAAUUUGUUGCCCUACCUAAAGCAUACGAUAAGGAUAUUUCUGAUACUGACUCUCUAGAGUAUAAAAUUGUUUAUGGAAACGAAUUGCAAACCUAUAGUAUUGAUCAACUAACAGGAGUUAUAUCCCUUCAAAACAUGUUAAAUUUCACCGAUAAAAGUAGCACAGUCUUGAAUAUUUCCGUUUCCGAUGGAGUUCAUACGACAUAUGCCCGGCUCAAAAUAUCCUUACUGCCAGAAAACGUAUACAGUCCACAAUUUGAUCAAAAUACUUAUGAGGUUCAAGUUCCUGAAAACUUGUUGCACGGUCAUAAUAUAAUCACGGUAAAAGCGUCCGAUGGGGAUUUUGGCACCUACGCGAGUCUGUACUACGAAAUAGUUUCCGAGGAAAUGAAAAAAAUCUUUCUCAUCGACCAAUCGACGGGUGUAAUAACCUCUAAAGUAACUUUCGACCGUGAAAAAAAAGAUGAGUACGUGGUGCAACUGAAGGUAUCCGACGGUGGAGGUAAAUUCGGAUUUGCCUCUCUCAAGGUUAUUGUAGUGGACGUGAACGACAACGUUCCUUACUUCCUAUUGAAGGAAUACAAAAUGGUUGUAAGCAUAACAACGGAAGCGAACCGAACUAUCUUGACGGUCAAAGCCAAAGACGACGAUAUUAAUGAUAAUGGAUCGGUAUAUUACCAAAUUGUUGAAAAGACUAUCGAUGAGGCAGUAAAGGAUGUGAUUGAAAUUAACGAGAAAACUGGAGAUAUUGCUUUUAAAAUGAAUGCUGAAUCUUACGGAGUGAACUCUUAUCAGUUUUUCGUUCGUGCUACCGAUCGAGGCGAAACUCAAUUUCAUUCGGAAGUUCCAGUGUCAAUCGAAAUAAUCGAAACAGAUGCUCAUAUUCCCACUUUUGAGAAAUCUUCUGUUCUACUCAAGAUCAUAGAGUCCACGCCACCAGGAACCGUGCUAACAAAGCUACAUAUGAUUGGAAACUAUACGUUCAAAUUCUCAAUAGCUGCAGAUCAGAAUCAUUUCAUGAUAUCCGAUAGUGGUGAACUGAUUCUUCAGCAAACAUUGGACAGGGAGCAACAAGAGUCUCACACUUUAAUUGUAAUGGCGGAAACUUCCACGGUUCCAGUAUUUUUCGCCUACGCUGAUGUUUUAAUUGAUGUUAGAGACGAAAAUGAUAACUACCCCAAGUUUGACAACACAUUUUACAGUGCCAGUGUUGCGGAAAACAGUGAAAAGGUCAUAUCCUUGGUCAAAGUAUCCGCAACAGAUGCGGACACCGGGCCUAAUGGCGACAUUCGGUACUACUUGGAAAGUGAUACUGAAAACAUCCAAAAUAUUUUCGACAUUGACAUUUACUCUGGCUGGAUCACCUUGCUAACCUCUUUGGAUAGAGAAGUUCAAUCCGAGUAUAAUUUUAAAGUAAUUGCUGCCGAUAAUGGCCACCCAAAGCAUGAUGCAAAAGUACCUGUAACUAUAAAAAUUGUAGACUAUAAUGAUAACGCACCAGUAUUUAAAUUACCUAUCGAAAGGCUUUCUGUUUUCGAAAAUGCACUGCCUGGCACAGUUUUAAUCAACUUACUCCUAAUUGAUCCCGAUAUCGAAAAACAGGAAAUGGACUUCUUUAUCGUUUCUGGGGACAAGCAAGCCCAGUUCCAGAUUGGUAAGAGCGGAGAGUUAUUUAUUGCCAAACCAUUAGAUCGCGAACAAAUCAUGUUCUACAACUUAAGCAUAAUAGCAACUGAUGGAAAAUUCACUGCCAAAGCCAAUGUGGAAAUAGAUGUAAAAGACAUAAACGACAAUACGCCUUACUGCCUAAAACCCCGCUAUCAUAUCUCCAUUAAUGAAUCAAUCCCGAUUGGAACUACACUCGUUGAAGUCAAGGCGGUUGAUUUUGAUAUUCAAAGCAAACUUCGCUUCUAUCUUUCGGGCAAAGGUGCGGACGACUUUACUAUUGGGAAGGAAAGUGGCAUCCUGAAGGUGGCAAGCGCACUGGAUCGGGAGACGACCCCCAAGUACAAAUUGGUAGCACAUGUUCAGGAUGGCAAGGACUUCACGCAAGAGUGCUUCUCGGAAAUAAUCAUCACGGUCAAUGACAUAAAUGACAAUACGCCCAUUUUCUCCAUGGCUCAAUAUAGAGUGAGUGCACCCGAGGAUGCACAACUGAACACUUUGAUCACGAAAGUGCACGCGAUGGAUAAGGAUUUUGGCGUAAAUAGACAAAUCAAAUACUCCCUAAUGGGCGAAAACCAUGAUUAUUUCAAAAUAUCAAAAUCCACUGGUAUCAUAAGGUUGGACAAAAGUCUCGACCGUGAAACAAUUUCGUUGUUUAAUCUCACCGUAAAGGCGGAGGACUGUGGCGUUCCGAAAUUACAUUCCAUUGCAACAGUUGCUGUGAACAUAUUGGACAUUAAUGACAAUCCACCCGAGUUCAGUAUGCGACAGUACUCCUGCGAAAUUCUAGAAAACGCCACACAUGGCACAGAAGUGUGCAAAGUUUAUGCCACUUCCAUAGAUAUUGGGGUAAAUGCGGAUAUUCACUACUUCAUAAUGAGUGGCAAUGAACAGGGAAAGUUCAAAAUGGACUCCACGACAGGCGACUUGGUGCUUAAUGCAACCUUAGAUUAUGAAAUGUCCAAGUUUUACUUCUUGACCAUUCAAGCUAUCGAUGGAGGCACUCCACCACUUAGCAACAAUGCCUAUGUGAACAUCUCUAUUUUGGACAUUAAUGACAACAGCCCCAAGUUUCUGCAAAACCUGUACCGCGUCAAUGUCAAUGAAGAUAUAUUCGUCGGCUCAAAGAUUUUGGACAUCAAAGCCACAGACGAAGAUUCUGAUAUAAACGGUCUUGUAACUUACAACAUUGAAAAGGGCGACAACAUAGGCCAGUUUUCAAUAGACCCGAAAAACGGAACAAUAAGUGUAUCAAGGCCAUUAGAUCGUGAGACUAUUCCACACUACACUUUGGAAAUUCAAGCCUGUGAUCAGGGAAAUCCUCAAAGAUGCAACAGUGUGCCAAUAAAUAUAAACAUUUUGGACACGAACGAUAAUGCACCCAUCUUUUCCAGCGCCAACUACAGUGUUGUACUUCAGGAAAACCGACCUCUGGGCUAUGUAUUCCUAACUUUCAAAAUAACCGACGCAGACGAGUCACCUAAUACCACUCCAUAUACCUUCGAUAUUAGGUCUGGAAAUGAGGGUGGUCUUUUCCGGCUGGAGCAAGAUGGUUCGUUGAGCACGGCCUCGCGAUUCAAUCACAACCUGCAGGAUGAGUUCGUUAUUCAGGUUCGAGUUUUUGACAACGGCACACCUCCAUUAUAUUCCGAUGCGUGGGUGGCUGUGAAAAUAAUUGAAGAAAGUCAAUACCCGCCCAUUGUCACUCCACUUGAAGUAACAAUAAACUCAUUCGAAGACGAUUUUUCGGGCGCAUUCAUUGGCAAAGUUCAUGCCUCGGAUCAGGACAAGUAUGAUGAAUUGAACUUCGGUUUGGUGUCUGGUCCUGAAGACAUGUAUCAGAGCUCGAAGCUUUUCAACAUUUCCAACAAUACGGGAAAGAUCUAUGCCAUAUCCAACCUAGAUAUUGGUCUCUAUAAGCUUAAUGUGUCAGUUUCGGAUGGUAAAUUCCAUGUCUUCUCGCCUGUCAAGAUCAAUGUGGAACUGGUAACCAAUGACAUGCUAAAAGAGUCAGUUGUUAUCCGGUUCAGUAGCAUUUCAGCAUCUGAGUUUCUCCUUAGCCACAGGAAAACGUUUAUGCGCUCUAUUCGCAAUAUCAUGCGAUGUCGCCAAAAGGAUGUAAUUCUUAUCACCCUUCAAUCGGAGCGAAUACGUACUGGGGGUAAUAGACGAGCCAGGUCCAUCGGUUCCGACUUGAACGUAGUGUUUGCAGUGCGGAAGCAGCAAAUAAUACCCGAUUCCGAUGAAUUCUUCACAAGUGAUGAGAUACGGCAGACACUGGUAGACAAAAAGAACGAAAUUGAAAACGAAACCAACCUGGUGGUGGAUGAUAUACUACCAUCAACCUGCCAAAGCAACAAAAAUGACUGCGUUCACGGGGAAUGCAAACAGGUUUUACAGAUUCUGAAGAACAACGUUACCACUACCUUCACGGAUGUGAUUAGCUUUGCUGCUCCAUCGUACAUUCAGGUGAAUACGUGUGUUUGCCGACCAGGAUUCGAUGGAAAGCACUGCAAAGAGACUGUGAAUGCCUGCUCCACGGAUCCGUGUUCCCCGCAGAGGAUCUGCAUGCCAUCUGGGUCGGCAUUGGGUUACCAAUGUGUCUGUCCCAAGGGAUUUUCAGGAACCUACUGUGAGAGGAAGUCUUCGAAGUGCAGCAAUGAAUCCUGUGACAUGGGUCUAUUCACUGCGGUGUCCUUUGGCGGAAAGAGCUAUGCACACUACAAGAUCAACAAGGUAAAGGCGAAGUUUACGCUGGAGAAUGAGUUUUCCUACUCCCUGCAGAUAAGAACUGUGCAGCAAACGGGCACUCUACUGUAUGCCAGCGGCAAGGUGGACUACAACAUCCUGGAGAUCAUAAACGGAGCUGUUCAGUACAGAUUCGAUUUGGGUUCGGGCGAGGGAGUCAUCAGUGUCUCCAGCAUUAACAUCUCCGACGGGGAGUGGCAUCAAAUCAGUCUCGAGCGGUCCCUUAAUAGUGCCAAAGUUAUGGUGGACAAUAAGCACGUUUCGCAUGGCAGUGCUCCUGGUGUGAAUGGCAUCCUGAACAUUCAGUCCAACGAUAUCUUUGUGGGCGCCGAAGUGCGUCCACAUCCAUCGAUAAUUGGUUACGAGGAUAUUCAGCGCGGCUUCAUCGGCUGCAUGGCAAACAUCAAAAUAGCCAAGGAGUCGUUGCCAUUAUACAUUUCCGGCGGAAGUACCAUUGCUGCAUUGAAGCGUUUUACGAAUGUCGAGUUCAAGUGCGAUCCAUCCAAUGUGCUGGUGCGUCUGGGUAUUUGCGGAUCUCAGCCGUGUGCCAAUAGUGGAAUCUGCAAGGAACUCGAUACGGACGUGUUUGAAUGUGCCUGUCAGCCCCGAUAUUCCGGCAAGCAUUGCGAGAUUGAUCUUGACCCCUGCUCAUCGGGACCCUGCUUGUUUGGCGGAAGGUGCGACUACCACGGACCCAACAACUACAGCUGCACGUGUCCCAUCCACCUAUCCGGAAAGAGGUGUGAGUACGGCAAGUUUUGCACUCCGAACCCGUGCAAAAACGGUGGAAUUUGCGAGGAAGGCGAUGGAAUAUCGCACUGCAUGUGCCGGGGAUACACCGGACCCACUUGUGAGAUCGAUGUGGAUGAGUGUGAGAACCAGCCGUGCGGCAAUGGAGCCACCUGCAUCAAUGAACCUGGAAGUUUCCGAUGCAUUUGUCCUUCCUAUCUUACAGGAGCCAGUUGCGGGGAUCCCCUGUAUUCGAACUCUAUUUCUACAAAGUUAAAGAACUUUUCUAUAGAGCACAUAAGCGGGAUCAUUGCCGGCGUGGCCGUGGUACUGGUCAUCAUCAUCUGUGUCCUCUGUUGCGUGGUCGUUCGGAGGAGUUCCUCUUCAAAGCGAAGGAACCGACUAGAAAAGGACAAGAACAAGCCGUCGUACAAGGAGGCGAAUUUGAACUCACUGGUGGACAAGGACAAUUACUGCAAACCAAACGUUAAGUUGAGUAAUUUGGAGGUUAACCAGCGGCCCAUUAGUUAUACAGCUGCUCCAAAUGACAACCUAUUCCUGAGCAAUAGGAAUUUUGUAAAUAACUUGGACAUCUUGCGUAGUUACGGUUCGGCUGGCGAUGAACUGGAAAAUGUGCCAUUCGAGUACCAGAAGGUUAAUCGAAACAAACAGCAUGUGAACAUAAACUCCUGCCAUUCCACCGAUGCAGAUAAUGCCUACAAACAAGAAUGGUGCGAGCAAAUGCAUUUAAGAACCUUCAGUGAAAAUAAACUGAACAAUGAACUUAAACGAGAUUUCGGACCAUCUGUGAGUCGCUUCUCAACUGGGAAACUAAUCCAAGUUGAAAUGCCCAACGUGUGCCACUCUUCCAGUGCGAAUUUCGUUGAUUAUUCAGCUCUUGCCAAUGGUCAAUAUCAUUGGGACUGUUCCGACUGGGUUCGCAAAAGCCAUAAUCCCUUGCCAGAUAUAACCGAAGUUCCUGGAGCAGAAAUUGCUGACUCGUCGAGCUUACACAGCAACGAUAGCAACGAGUCCAAGUCGAAGAAAGCCUUUUUCGUGCACAGGGAAGACGGAGAUGUUGAUCCGACGAGGGAUAUAACCGCGUUGAAUGAGGAUAUCGGAUCGGAGUAUUUGGAUUCGGAGGCAGAGAGCUGCUUGGAGCCGUUUAUGUUGCCGAGAUCAAGUAAUCAGCCACUUUCAAGACUGAGUUCUUUUAAUAAUAUCGAGAAUGAAGACUAUAAAUCAAAUACAGUGCCUUUACCGUCGAAAGUUAGUCAUUCGUGCAAAGUAUAUUUAAGACAUCCUGAUUCGUAUUUACCGACGAUGCAUUUUCCAAGUGAGACGGAUGGAGAAAGCUCUAUGACCGAGGGGCCGAUUUCUAGGAAGGAAAUGAAAACCAGAAGGACGAUAAGUGAAAACUCAGAGGAGGCAUACCUAUUUCCAUGUGCUGUCGGAGAAAUUGGAUCCAACAGCAACAUUUCGGUUCGACUGUGUGAAAUUGAAGAUUCUGAGUUGGAGGAGUUUUUACCACAACAACAAACAAACAAUUAAAUGACAUGCUUAAUAUAUAAGAACUACAUUUUACACAAAUAAUUUCUUUUCGUUAGAUACUAUUUUCCAUAGGAAAACUUUGGUUAUAUAUUUUCAAUAAAAAACACGUAAAUAACUUAGCGUCUU